UCGGGCAUUUUAUAAAUAGAAAUGAAAUUAUCUGGUAAAUUUUUUACGACGAUUUCUAUAAACGCAACAGAUGUAGAAUUUGACUGUUAUAAUUUUACAUUACCUACAGGGAAAGGGGUUGCUUAGCCUUACAAUAUGCUAACAAUAAUGUGAUUCAAAUUUAUCUUUGGUGAGAGUAGAACCUAAUAAAAAGUAAAUAUGACGUUGAUGUUGAAUUUGACUCCUAAUGACAAAGACUUCAAAUUCAAUCAGUAAAUAACAUUUUGGUUGAAAUGAUUUUUCAUGGCAAAUAUAUACAUUAGGAUCUUCACCUAGGAUUUAACAACUCAUGUGAAUUGUUGUUGCCAAAUACGCACAAUAACAUCUUCACUUAGGAUUUGAUAUCUCAUUUGAAAAUGCUACUUUUGAUUCAUUGAGUAGUCAAAUUUUCUUUCAUAUAGUUUAGUGAAAAUACGUAUGUGAAUGUUGUAUCAACUAUUAAGCAUGAACAAAUAUGUUUUUAACACUUGUUUUCUGAUUCCUGGAAAACUAAUCCCAAUCCUACUAAAAGCAGGAAAGUAAAAAUAGACCUUAUAUAUCAGUUUCCUUUUCGUUUUAUUUCGUUUCUAUCCGCUGCGCCCUGCAUCAGUUAAGGAGUCAAUUUUCAAUCUUCAAAGUGAGCUUCUUAGUUGGAAUUGUUGCGAAUUACAUAAGGAAUUUCUCUUAUUAUGUAUCUAUAAAUCUUACUUCUGUGUUUUCCUGAGCAGGGCAAGCUUGCAACAGUACAAUAACAAACUGCACAAUGACUUCUUAAAAGUAAAGGAAGAAUUUAAGUGUUUGGAGAAGGAAAAAGUUGAUAUGGUGGAGAGCCUGAGCAUGUUAAAGGGUCGUGUUCUAUAGUUCUGACUUUUGUUUUUUCAGUGCAUUUUAAAUGGGUUGUUUGGACGACGAUUGGGAGCGAAGCAAGAUCGAGGGUUGCAGAGGAAGCUCGGUUUCUGGCGAUUCCAUUUCCACCAAGUCCUGUGCUUCUUUAAUCACUACCAGUGAUAUCUCAACGGAUGAGAUUCGAGCUCGUAAGAUCAGGAUCAUGGCUCUUGCUGCUCUUCGUCAUCAGAGGAAAGAUUUAAGGAGGAUCUGUUUGGCUUUGAGAGAGCUCUUCUUGUGUUAAUUCCUCUUCUAAAAUUUCACAUUCCCAUUUUUCUUCAACUACAAGUGGAGCAAGAAGCCAUUCAUAGAAUGUUUGUUGCUUCCUUGACUCUUCGGGGUGAAUUGGCAGUUGAGAAACAGGUGCUGCAUUUCCUUAUUAUUCCUUAGCUUGAACUGGUAGUGGAGGGACUAAUUCUGCAUUUGCUUCUUGUCCAUGUGGGUGAACUGGGAUUUGAGGAACUAAGGUGCUUGGAGCCACUUCUUUCACUCCCUCUUUCUGCACUACAGGAACUGAUUUUUGAAUUGAAGUACUUGGAGGCUCUUUUUGCAUUGCCACUUCUUGCACUAAAGGAAUUGAUUCUUCAAUUGAUGUACUUGGAGCCUCUUUUUAUACUACCUUUUCUCUAUGGAAAUUAACCACAUUAUUGAUUACCCUAUCAAUUUCAGUCGCGUCCAUGUCUUUGAUGUCCGCAUUUCUUUCUUCAUUUUCAACAGUUGGAUAGGCAAAAUCAUGUGCAACAUUUUGGUCAUCUUGGACUUACUUAUUUGGAAUUUGGGUGCCAAAGAUACUCUGACUA